UUCCAUGCCACUGGAAGCUCUGAAAUUAAAACCUCCAAACAAAAAAAAACCUUUCAUCUCUCUCAAAAGCCAACCGUCCCUUUCUCCAACAGAAAAAAAAUCGUUUUCUUGAAAAAAGACUCUUCCUUUUCCGUCCCCUAAAACCCUUAUUUUCUAACCUCUCUUUGUGCCUUGAAAUGAUGUCAAGUAGCAGAGAAAGAGAAGAGUCAUUAACUUUCCCAACAAACCCAUCAUCUUCAUCUUCUCCAAUCAUAGUUUCAGACCACCUUGACAGUUAUCUCCAAGACCCAACUUCCCACAUCGGGAGUGCUGCUGGGAGUUACUCAAACGAGGGUCUUCUAGCUUCUGAAACAGCUAGUCCCAGUAACAGUGAUGUCGAAUUUGGUUUCUCGAGGCCCGACUUUAGACAACAAAGUCCAAUCUCCGGCACUGUCCAGUUCUGUGAACGCCAUGUCUUCCUUUGCUACAAAAGCCCAUCCGUUUGGCCUCCAAGAAUUGAGGCUGCUGAGUUUGAUCGUCUGCCUAGGUUGUUGUCUGCUGCUGUUUUGGCUAGAAAGACUGAUAUGGUUAAAGAGACCCGCUUAACAAUAUGUGAGGGGCAUGAUGGAACUGAGACAUCAAAUGGAGAUGUAUUAAUAUUUCCAGACAUGAUUAGAUACAGGCGAUUGACCCAUUUCGAUGUUGACACAUUUGUUGAAGAAGUGCUUGUCAAGAACGGUGAGUGGCUACCUGGAACUCCUGAAAAACUACAGGGGUCAUUUGUUUUUGUUUGUUCUCAUGGAUCCCGAGAUCGCCGCUGUGGAGUUUGUGGACCUCCACUGGUUAGCAGAUUCAAAGAAGAGAUAGUUUUGCAUGGUCUUAAAGGUAGAGUGUCUGUUAGCCCAUGCUCACACAUUGGAGGGCAUAAGUAUGCAGGAAAUGUUAUCAUAUUCGGAUCAAAUAUCAAUGGAGAAGUCACAGGACACUGGUAUGGGUAUGUUACUCCCGAUGAUGUCCCUACACUGCUAGAGUGGCAUAUUGGGAAAGGAGAAAUUAUCAAUGCAUUGUGGAGGGGUCAGAUGGGUUUAUCCGAAGAAAAACAGAAGAAAUUUCAAGAACUAAGGCGUCUAGAAAACGGUGAGACUACUAUAGAAGGAAGCACUAAAGAGGCAACACAAAGACAAAUAGAUGAGAUGAACACAAUUGCCUGUCAAUCUCAAGAUGAGCUUGUAAGCUGUUGCCAAGGAAAUGGCAGUGCUUGUUGCCACAACCCUCAGAAGUCGGAUAUUGUGGACAUUGACGAGGGGGCUGUGAAGUUGACACCUGAAAAGAAAAAAGGUGGAAAGAAACUUGUUUCAAUGAUCAAUAGUGGAAAAGGUGCCGGUGUUCGCAAGGUUUGUGCCAAGCCAACUUGGUUCGAGAGCUGGGAGCGUGAAGAUACAUAUGCUGCUCUUGCUGUUGUUUGUGCCGCUGCAUCAAUUGCUGUUGCUUAUAGCUGCUAUAAACAGCUAAGUUAGAAUGUCAUGAUAUUUGCAUUGUUCAUAUUUAUGCUUUUUUGGAUUUCACUAUGUUUCUU